UCGUCGUCUUUUUUUUUCCCCGGUUUUUACAGUUUACUCCACAGAUUUGCUACUAACCAAAACUUAAAAGUAGUUCUUUUCCAACAAAGAGAUAGCAAAAAUGAAAAUUUCUUCGGCGGCACAAAUAAUUCUCUCCCGUGGCAGUUAUGGUGUCAUUCUCUUGUUUGUUGGAGUCUGCUUAUCUGUGUUUGUGUCAUAAUGCAAUUAUAGCCCCAUCGUUCUUCGCAGUUGCUUUGGAUUGUCCGAGUUUGUCGUUGGCAUGUGCGGAAGAGAAAAAAAAUGAUUCCUUUAUGUUGAUUCGCUUAGUGCGUAUAAUUUUAUUUGAUUUCAUGGAUUGGCUUGCCAACGUAGCGUGUCUCGGUAGGGGAAUGCUUGUUUUCUUUUUCUUUAUUUUUUAUGGGAGGGGUUUUUUUUUUGGGAGACAGGGUUCAUUGUUUCCUCCUCUGCAAUGCUUUGUUUUCUGCAAUUAAUGAUUCUGAUUCGUUGCAAUCUGUCCGCGUUAUAUUCUGACUCAGAUUAUAUUUCUGGACGUACUUCGCUGAUCAUGUAUUUGAUGAGCUCUUCCUGUUUGAUUGAAUGCUGCUAAGGAAACAGUCAAUAUAUCCAUUGGAAUGUUUGACUUGUUUUAUCUAUAAUAUGGAGGAAAAACCAUUCCCAGCGUGGUCUAGAUCUGUGGAGCAUUGCUUGAAAGAGCACAAUGUCAAAUUGGGCAAGGGUUUAAGUUCUUUUGAAGCUGAAAAGAGGCGGGAGAUGUACGGAUGGAAUGAGCUUAAGAAAGAGAAAGGAAAACCUUUGUGGCGUCUGAUCUUACAACAAUUUGAUGAUAUGCUUAUCAAGAUUCUCCUUGUGGCUGCAUUUAUCUCGUUUGUACUUGCUUACCUGGAGGGAAAUGAAUCUGGCCACACAGAGCUUGAGGUGUAUGUGGAACCACUUGUGAUCUUUUCGAUUCUUAUCAUUAACGCAGUGGUGGGUGUCUGGCAGGAGACAAACGCUGAAAAGGCCCUUGAAGCCCUGAAGAGCAUGCAGUGUGAAUAUGCUAAGGUUCAGAGAGAUGGGCGCUAUAUUCCUGACUUGCCUGCCCGAGAGCUAGUCCCGGGGGAUAUUGUGGAAUUAAGGGUUGGAGAUAAGGUCCCUGCAGACAUGAGAAUAGCAACUUUAACUACCUCAAGUUUCAGAGUUGAGCAAAGCUCGUUGACCGGGGAAAGCAUGCCAGUGAUCAAAGGGACAAGCCCUGUGCUUUUAGAUGAUUGUGAAUUGCAAGCAAAAGAUUGCAUGCUGUUUGCAGGAACUACUGUUGUCAAUGGUGGCUGUAUUUGUCUCGUAACUAGCAUUGGUAUGAACACCGAAAUAGGAAAGAUUCAGGCUCAAAUCAGUGAAGCUUCACAGGAGGAGCAAGACACACCCCUCACAAAGAAGCUAGAUGAGUUUGGUGAAAUGCUGACUACUGCAAUUGGGAUAGUUUGUUUGGUAGUUUGGGCCAUGAACUUCCGGAAUUUUAUAACUUGGGAUAGUGUAAACACAUCAAUGUGGAAUUUUUACUUUUCAUUCGAGAAAUGCACAUAUUAUUUCAAAAUAUCAGUAACCCUUGCCGUAGCGGCUAUUCCUGAAGGUCUUCCAGCUGUAAUCACAACAUGUUUAGCUUUGGGUACUAGGAAGAUGGCUCAAAAACAUGCAAUAGUUAGGAAGCUUCCAAGUGUGGAAACUUUAGGAUGUACAACUGUAAUAUGUUCAGAUAAGACUGGAACACUAACAACCAACCAGAUGUCUGUGAAUGAAUUCUUUACUGUCGGUGAGAAGCUGUCUACUAUUCGAGUGUUUCAUGUAGAUGGUACAACAUACAAUCCAAAGGAUGGAGGAAUAAGUGGUUGGUGCAACCGCAACAUGGGUGAGAGCUUGCAGGCUCUAGCGGAGAUAUGUGCAAUCUGCAAUGAUGCUGGAAUUUAUCGUGACGGUUAUCUUUUCCGUGCUACAGGUUUGCCUACAGAGGCAGCUCUCAAGGUACUGGUUGAGAAGAUGGGACUUCCAGGUGCAAAAGUAAGGAACAGAUUUCGUGACACAGAGUUUGCUUCUGACUUUUCCAUCAACCAUAAUACUAUAAGAUUAGACUGUUGUGAGUGGUGGACAAAGAGAUCUAAGAGGCUUGCGACAUUGGAGUUCGAUCGUGUGCGCAAGUCUAUGAGUGUUAUUGUCCAUAGACCAACUGGAAGCAACCAUCUUCUUGUGAAGGGUGCUUUCGAAAGUGUUUUUGAGAGGAGUUCUCAUGUCCAGCUUUCAGAUGGAUCAGUUGCUUUGCUGGAUGAGGCAUCUAAAUGGUUAAUAACGUCAAAUGUCCAGGCAAUGAGUUCGAAGGGAUUAAGAUGUUUGGGAUUUGCUUUUAAGGAUGACUUAGGAGAGUUUUCUGACUACAAUUCAGAAACUCAUCCAGCUCACAAGAGGUUGCUUGAUCCUGCUAACUACCCUGAAAUUGAGAGUAAUUUAAUUUUUGUUGGAGUGGUUGGUCUGAGGGACCCUCCUCGUGAUGAAGUUCACAAGGCCAUUGAAGAUUGUAGAUGUGCUGGUAUCAAAGUUAUGGUCAUAACUGGUGACAAUAAGUCCACUGCAGAGGCAAUAUGCAAGGAAAUUGCACUAUUUAGUGACAAGACAAGCGUCAGAGGUAAAAGUUUUACUGGUAAAGAGUUCAUGACCCUUCCAGCUGACCAACAAAUGGAAAUUUUGUCAAAGCCUGGAGGUGUAGUGUUUUCACGGGCUGAGCCAAGACAUAAACAAGAUAUUGUGCGGCUACUAAAGGACAUGGGUGAGAUAGUUGCAAUGACUGGAGAUGGUGUCAAUGAUGCACCUGCACUAAAGCUAGCUGAUGUUGGUAUUGCUAUGGGUAUAACAGGAACAGAAGUUGCAAAGCAAGCUGCUGAUAUGAUUCUGGCAGAUGACAAUUUCAGUACAAUUGUCUCAGCUGUUGCAGAAGGCCGUGCUAUCUACAGUAAUAUGAAAUCUUUUAUUAGAUAUAUGAUAUCAUCUAAUAUGGGGGAAGUAAUUUCCAUUUUUCUGACUGCUGCACUUGGCAUUCCGGAAUGCCUAAUACCAGUUCAGCUUCUCUGGGUUAAUUUGGUGACAGAUGGGCCUCCCGCAACAGCUCUGGGUUUUAACCCUGCUGAUGUUGAUAUUAUGCAGAAACCACCCUGCAAAAGCAAUGCUGCUCUUAUUAAUUCUUGGGUUCUCUUCCGUUACCUGGUGAUCGGUGCUUAUGUUGGUUUAGCAUCUGUUGGUGUCUUCAUCUUGUGGUACACUCAGCCAUCUUUCAUGGGCCUAGAUCUUGCUAGUGAUGGCCACACGUUUAUCUCUCUAGCUGAACUCCGUUCAUGGAGAGAAUGCGCUGCAUGGCCUGAUUUCUAUCCUAAUUCAUUUGUAGCUGGUGACCGAGUGAUUUCUUUCACAGAUCCCUGUGACUAUUUCACAGUUGGGAAAGUCAAGGCAAUGACCUUAUCUUUAUCUGUUUUAGUAGCAACUGAGAUGUUCAAUUCUCUCAAUGCUUUAUCAGAAGACAAUAGCUUACUUCAUGUGCCCCCAUGGAGGAACCCUUGGCUAAUCCUUGCAAUGCUGGUUUCAUUUGGGCUCCAUUUUAUCAUUGUUUAUGUCCCUUUUCUGGCAAAUAUUUUUGGAAUCGUUCCGUUGAACCUGAAUGAAUGGCUUCUGGUUGUAUCGGUGUCUGUCCCUGUGGUGCUAAUUGAUGAGGUGCUGAAGUAUGCCGGUAGGAAGCGAUGGUGGAGGAUUCAUAAGCAAAAGAUGGCGUAGAUGUCGUGACCUAGUAGUAUUUUGAACAUUCGAAAGAUUGUAACCCUCUCAUACACACUGAUUAAAUCGUACAGUAGAAUUUUCUGUUAGAAAUCAAAUAGCGUUUAGUUCUUUAGAAACCAUCAGGUGAAGAGUGUUUCUGUAUCUUCCCCGGUGCUAAUGUAUUGUGCCUUGUACCGCAAUCUGUAAAAGUUACAGGUGAAAAUUUAUAUAACUGGUCAAUGUGUUAUGCUUUUCUUUCUAA